ACGUCACUUCCGCCGGUCCGCGUAGCGCACGGCCCCAUCCAGCGCGCGCCGCGUCCGCCUGAUAGCCGUGACGUCAUCACCGACGGGGACCCGCGCCGACCUCGCUCCGACUCGACUUGCAUCCUCACCAGGUGCACCAACUUCAGCGAAUUCAGUUGUGCCAAGAGCCAAGAAAGGUGAGUGCGCAGGGGGCCGGCCAGUUGUUUUGGCAGAGGAUAAUGUAGUCGCAAUAGGAAGUGAGGGCGAUGCACGUGGGGGAGGCGGGGACCUGCUGUUCAGGCAGCUAAUGGCCUCCGCCCCAAUCCCAGCAUCAGUGCAGCACGACCACCAGCACUACCAGUAUCGGUUUCUGGAUGAAGACGGCACUGCCUUGCCUGUGGCAACUGUCACAUCAGCUGCUGAAAAUGUUUCAUCAGAGGAAGCCCUUGAUGGCCCCACUGCCACAUUGUCAACAUCAGCUCGGCGCUCUGUGGGCACAGAUGAAGGGACUGGCAGUGGACGUCCGCGUCCCACAGGUGUGGAGGUGGCAGCCUUGGGUGGCAGUUGGCGGCCUGAAUGGCAACUGCCAUUCUUUGUCAUCUUAUUUGCUGCCGUUGGAUUUCUUGCCAUCACAUUUGUGGUCCUGCUGUGGUUGAAGAAUCAGAUGCUAUCCUCCCAGGGUGGAAGUGGCCGUGCGAGCCCUGGUAUAAAGUCUGGGGCACCGACUGGUGAUGGUGACAGUACUGGUGCUGGCGGUCGUUGGGUAUUCCACCCAGUGUUGCAGCCUCCUUCCCCACUGGAGGCACAUGUACAGCAAGCUGAAGAGAAAAAGGCAUCUUUGCCUCCUACCCCAACUCCAACACCAGAACCUGUCACCAUCACAAAACCUGCCGUGCCGCCAGCUCCUGCCUCCGACCCUGCCACUCCUGUGCGCCGAUGUGUUGGGUCUGGUGGUCGUAUCAAGGGUCUUUUGGAAAGGCGUGGUUCAAGUGCCAGUCUCACUAUAGAGCUACAUCCAUCAUCACACGGACGCACUGAUGGACACGUACCUGUUGUUACACCUACUCGAGAAUGCACAACGGACGAAUUUCUUCUUUCUGCUGGCAAUGUACUCUCUCGACGGCAGCUUCGAGCUUCUCUCCGUGAUGUAAGAGCAUUGCAUCGGGAAUUUUGGGAGCUCCCAAGCAACCAUCCAGAACGUGCCUAUGUGGCUGGCAGUGGCACAAAAAACCGUUACCGCUCCAUCUUGCCCAAUGAACGUACAAGAGUUUGUUUACCGCCUGCCUCACCCCUUGCAGAUCCUCUCACCACUUACAUCAAUGCCAACUAUGUUCGAGGCUUUGACAGUGAAGAGAAGGCUUAUAUUGCAACACAGGGUCCUCUUCCACAUACCGUCUCAGAUUUCUGGCUUAUGGUGUGGUCGGAGGGAAGUACUGUCAUAGUAAUGAUUACAAAACUGUGGGAGAAAGGCCGUCCCAAGUGUGAGCGGUAUUUUCCAGAAGAUGAAGCUGACGAACCUUCUGUAUAUGGUGACAUUGAAGUCCGUAUUACUGCUACAUGUCCUCGUGAUGGGUACACACUGAGGGAGCUCAUUGUUACACGUGGUGAUGAGACAAGACGAAUUUUGCACUUAUGGUAUGACACUUGGCCAGAUCACGCAACCCCCUCUAGUGCUCAGGCACUGGUUGCUAUGGCAAGUGAGGUUGCCGAGUAUCGCCAAGUCGGCUCAGGAGAUCCUCCUGUCGUAGUACACUGCAGUGCAGGAAUUGGCCGCACUGGAUGCUUCAUUGCAGUUGCCGUUGGCAUGGCACAACUGCUGCACAAUGAUAAUGUUGACAUCCUGGGUAUCGUGUGCCAGAUGCGAUACGACAGGGGUGGUAUGAUACAGACUGCAGAACAAUACGAGUUUGUACACAGGGCUUUGUGCCUGUUUGAGGGAUCUCUCCCUGACCAGUCUGGCGAAUGACAGACAGCUUUCACUCUUCUCCACAUUCAAGAGUAAUUGCAGUGUAUAAUGCAAGAGGAAGUGAUAGUGUGUCGGCUGAAACUAUUCGUGUCUUCAUGCGUAAGUCACAGCUUUAUGGCAGAUGUAAAGUGCAUCAGUUGUGUGGAAAUUCGAAAAGAAGUUUCAUCUGCUUUUGAUAAUUUUAUUUAUUUAUAUAAAGUGAAGUUUUCAACUAUCUGUUCUGCAAAGCAUUUUAAGUGCGAUGACUCAGUAGCAGAUGAAACUAUUUUUAUGAAUGACUGUCUCUUCUAAAGAAGACUAAUUUUUUUCUUUUAGUUCGAGACAAGGCUAUUGACCAAUAGCCAGAGACUGAGAAAUCUGUUGCUUCUUGAUCUGUCACGAGAGUCUCAUAACUGCAACAGGCAAUGCACCUGGUACUUAAAUUCUGAGUAACUGUACAUUUUGUAAAGAAAAAUGUAUAAUUAUCAGACUUUGAGAGAGAUGAUCUGAAUGUAAAUAUUAUGUACAGUUGUUAUGAGUGAUGCACUUGUGAUCUUUGUUCAAGCUAUGUAUGGUGCUUGUUUCUCAAGCUUUCUGUGACUGUUCUUGAAGGACAUUUUAGACUUCAAUUGUGCUUCUGGCAUGCAUACUAGAGCAGAGAAUGUACAAAGUGAAAACAUUUGAUUGUCACUGUCACUGUUACCUGUUAAGUGCUGUCAGUAUUGACAGUUAUUCCUAUUACGUAUGAUUCUAGUCACUUGCCCAAAGUUUUGUGUAUUGCCAGUAACAGUUGCCUUUGAACAUUAAGUUUUGAAGCAGAGGUGGCAUGUUUUGUGAGAUGACCAUUCUGUUUCAUAUUUUCAUGCAGAAAUUUGCUACACAUUGUGUUUCCACUGCUCGUAACCUGUAUAAAUGUGAGCCACAUGUUUUUAUACGUACUAUGUUAAUAUUGUGAAAUUCUGAGCAGUUGUUUGUUUGUCUGCUAUCUAAUGCUUUCAUAAUUGAGCUUCACUGAUAUUUAUGGAUCCAUUGUGCAAUAAGUGAUGAUAUCAACAAAUAAAAUUGGCUGUUUAUGCAAAAUAUCAAAUACUUUUGUAUGUUAACUUGCAGUGUUGCUUGUGCAAAGCUCAUGUUUUCAUUGUGCGAGCGUACAAGCUUCACAUCAGAACAACAGUCGCCUUUCAUUUGGGCAGUAAAACAAAACUGAGAACAACUUGUUUCACACAAAAUGUUUUGUAAAUCAUUGUUAUCCCAGGUAUAUGUCUACAUUGACUGCAAUGCUACUGAAUAAAUAUGAUAUGUCUGUAGAGUUUGAAUCUGUAUUUACUGACAUUUUUUUGGGUGCAAAAAAAAAAGAAAAAGAAAUGUAUCACAGUUUACAAUUAUCAGCACCUAUAAUAAGUUUGCAGUGUUGAUGGAGAAAUGCUUGAAAGGACAGCCCAUAAAUUAAACCAUCGAACAAGGUUUUAUAACCAUUUCCUCACUAUAAAAUUGAUAGAUAAAAAUGUUUCACAGGAAACUCACAUUGUCACAAAUUAUUUCGUGUGUAAAAUUCUUGUGAAUGUAAUUUGUGGCUCCAACUCCUUGCAAUUUUAAAAACAAAGAUAUGAAAAAUCAAAUAUGAUACACACAGCCUCAUUUUUUUAGGAAUUGUCUUGAAUUUCAUGACCUCCUGUGCCAAACUUGUAAUGAUGAUGGCACCAAAAUUAUUUAGAGCGCAUGGAUUAUUUAGUCAUCUGCCAUUUUGUGAGACAUUGAGGCACUUGCCAUCAUAGUAGAAACAUUCUGGAAGAAUAUUGUUGGAGGCAGAGUACAAACAAACAAUUGCUAUAUUUAAUUAAAUCCAUAUGCUUUAGGGAAUUUUGUAUGAUAUUGUCAUAACUUUUUUAAAACUUGGAAGUCAAUUUCAGGUUUCUUAAAUUAUUGUUGAAAAGUCUCAACUAUGUGCAAAACUAACCUAUUCCCAAAAAUUUGUUAUCCUGUCUUCAGUAAUUGCAGCAAUGGUCUCAUAAAUUUUUCCAUGUGGCUUACAUUCUUAUUUAGGUGGGAGUUCCUACAAAGCUUGCCAUGCAAGUGUGUGAGAAGCUGUUUUCAUUAUUUCUUGACUUUGAUGCAUACUUGUGUGUUGGAAUUCGAACCUUUAAUGUAAGGAUCAUUUACAAGCAAAAUGAAACUGUUGUGCAAGGGUUGUAAAUGAACAGUUGUGGAAGCAUUGCAUAACAUGCUGGUUUUUACUCAGCUAUGUGUCAUUAUUUUAUAGUUUCUUUAUUUUGGGUGUGUAUUACUAUAUUCUACAGACUCAAGUUUAUUAACUUCAGACUUUCAGUGUAUCAUGAGCUACUGACUCCCUUAAAAUUGUAAUAAUUGCUUUUACCAUGUUAAUGAUGAAUGAAACACAGUGCUUUAAAAGCAUGAUGUUAUUGGAGACACUUCCUAUCCUCUGACCUAUCAGCUGACCUAGCCAGCAUGUUGGAAGGGGACCUACAGUCCAGUAUGGAAUAUGAACUUUACAGCAACAUUGCAUUUUCUUUAUACACAAACCAGUGCUAUAGGGGUUCUUCCACAACUUCUAAUUGUAAACCUAAUUAAUAUAACUGGAGGAACAACUACUAAUACUUUGCUGUAAUGUUAGAUUUGGUGAACUGAACUUAAUAAGUUGGAGUAUAUUCAGAAGCUGAAAGCUUUUGAAUUUAUUUGCUGGUCUUUGUUGUUGAUGAUGAUGAUUAUGACCUUUUUUUUUUGACACGUUUCCAGAUAUAUCUAGCAGGCUAGUCAAUGGUUGGUGUUAUGGAAAGUGAUAUUUCAGAAGCAGAGGUAUAAGCAAAUAAAAAGGAAGAGAGUUCACUGAAUUUAUUCUUUAAGGUUCAUCAGCAAUGUAACUGAAAAUUCAUGUAUAGAAAUUAAAUGGAAACCAUACAGAGAGAAUUAGUAGUUCAGUUAUCAAUAAAGUAAUAGUUCAGCAAAGUAUGGGAAUAGUGGAAAAACCAUUCUGAGAACCCAGGAUUCGUUAUUAUUCCCUUCAUUUUAUUUCUUACAUUUUGCAUUCACAUUGCUGGUGCCUCUGCCCCAGAUGUCAGAGUUAUUAUUUUGUCGCAGGUAGAUAAUCAUUUGAAAGAAUUUGUGAUAAAGAAAGAGAUGCAAUUUGAUUAAAUCAUAAGCAGCUUCAUCGGUUGGUGGUUGUCUGAAAGUGAUAUAAGUGCACUCAUCAGUACAGUCACAUAUACUUGUAGCUCAGUUACCUGUACAAGCCACAUCAUUGAAAAAUGAUUGGGUUUUGUUUGGGCUACAUUGAAUUGACUUUGAUUACAACUGUUUCCAUUUCCAACCCUGACAGUUUUCAUGUGCUGUAGAUCUAUUCUGGGUUUGAUACUUUGUGGACAGAGACUCACUAUUAUUUGUUUAUAUGCCCCGUUGUUGUGAAAUCAGAAACAGCAUGUGGUUGUGAAAAGAUUUUAAGUCAUUAAUAUUUCUGAAAUUUGUCAUGUCUGUGUACAAAUCAAUAACAUUAGACAAUAUUCAUAAAAUAAUAUUGUAAUUUUCUGUGUUUGUUGUAAUAUUGUAUUUUUAUUAUGAUGAUGUAAUUCUCCUCCUACAUGGAUUGUAUAAUCCUUUCUUUCAUUAGUGUGCCAUUCAGAUAAAUUGGCUUACAUCUUACGGUGAUAAAGACAUCUCUUGUGUGUCUGUACAUUGCAAACACCUACAUCUUGGAUAUCUUUGUACAGAGAUUUCAUAUAUGUUUGUGAAGUUAACUCCCAUUGUUGAACAAUUACUUGGCAGAGUACAAUUGUUAACAUUGAAAUGAAUAAGACUCAUAAUUUAUUCUUGAGACAAUAUACCAAAUUCUUUCUUCAGUCAUUACUGUGUGUGAGAGAAUCUUGCACAUGUGGUUGAUUUGUGUGUGUGUGUGUGUGUGUGUGUGUGUGUGUGUGUGUGUGUGUGUGUGUGUGUUUUUGUUUGUGUUUUCUGUACUUAUAUAUACAUAUCUUUUAAGGUUUAGUAAAUAAAUGCUGUAUCAGUAUUUAUAUUUUCCAUGUGUAUUCUGUGUUUGUUCUGUUUCACAAUACUGUGGAGCAAACUUUGAGCAUUUGUUGUUCCUGAAGUACUCUGAAGGCUUGAACAGCACAGAUAUCAAACUGUUCAGUUUCUUUUUCAUUGAUAAUUUCUGAUGUUUUGAAUUUUACUAAGCCUGGUUACAUUAGCAGAUAGUUAAACAUACACGUCUAACUUUGUUAACACUGAACUGAACAACAGUCGAUGGAUAGUACAGGUUCCUACAACUGUGAAGGGAUUGCAAAAACAAUUUUUUAGCAUAGUGUGUGUAACUCUUGUUAGUUUUUCAGCGUCCCGUAUGAAUUGUUGUAUAAAGUUAUUGGUGUAUUUCAACAGCAAGUAUUUCGUAUGCAAGAAAUUGUGUCACUAAGCUGAUAGUUUUGUUUUUACUUGUGUUUUUGAAUGUAGACAUAUUCUGAUAGCAUAAAGCUACAACUGUUCAGGGGUCAAGGUAAAGAAUGUAACUUGCUUGUGGAGUAUAACAUAUUUGUUUAAAAUUGCAAGCACAGUACAUGGCAUGCUGAAAUUCCUUUUUGGCGAUGAAGUAUGUACUGCGUGUCUCAGAGUAAAUGUCAUUACGAAACUUUGUGCAUAAAAGUUGCACAUCAAAUUUUUUUCAGACCCAACAUCAAUUUCUGCUUUGUUGUUCAAAUUGUUCUGGCCUACUUGGUACUCACAGUACUGUAUUUCUUUUAUCCUGAAUGUUAAUUGCAGGGAAAAAAAAUAAUGAAAGUUUAUUUCAACUCAUCAUUCUGGUUAGAUGUGCAGGCCAAAUUCAGGAAUCUGUGAGGUCAUUAUGGACAAACAUUUAUUGGAGUCUGGUAUGUGUUUCAGUAGAAAAUAAAAUCAAAAGAACAGUUGUGAAUGUUUUCACAAUUGUGUUGGCUACCUCCUUAUGUAAAUGGCUUAGCACAUUGAAUCAUUAUGAAAUAAGAAUGCCGACAAAGACAUAAUAUGUUACAUCUGUCAGUAAGCUUUGUUCCUCUGCUGUGAAAAAGAAAUAUUAUCUGAAAAAUGACCGUACUGUCAUAAACGCAUCAUUGUGAAACUAAAUGCUUUCAUGUGUUUAAUUAGAAGUGUGAUAAAUAGCAAUCUUUAUAGUAGCCUGCAUUAACCUGGGUAAACUCAUUACCUCUGUCAAGCAUUUUUAAUGCCUCUUUUAACUCUAUUUUCUCCACAACUUAAAUCUUAAAACUGAAAUAUUCAGUAAAUCAUUAUAUUUGAUACAGUUUUGUAAGAGACACAUUUUUAAACAUUUUUCAUAAGAUCUUACGUGGAACAAAACUGUGUUGAAAGUAAGAGAAAAAGUGGCAUUAUGUAAAAAAAAAAAAAAACUGACAUGUGGUUACUUAAGCUGUAGUAAAAGUCUGACAGUUACUAGCAUUGCAGCAAAUCUAGUUGAUUCAGUGCAAAGCCAUUUUGUAUAGUGUAGGGUAAAUGUUGUAUCAUAGUAAUUACUUCAUAAUGUAUAAAGUGUAUUUCUUUACAGUUUUGACCUUUUGACCUGAAUUAAAAUAUUUUAUCUGGAUCCUAUUUUUUAUAUUAUAAUGUUAAAAUAAAACAAAUCGUGUACAUAUUUGAGAAAUUAAAUUUGUCAAAAGCUCAGAUAUUUAUGAAAUAUUUUUAAAAUUAUACUAUGAGAGUUUAAUGUCAAUUUUCUCAUUUUAUCAAUUGUUACUAUAGUGCACAAAUUUCCGUUCAGAGCAGGACUUGAGUUACACUGUUUUGGUGUAUGAAGCAAUCUCCUCGGUCAUCAAAAUUUCUCAUGUAUUUUAAAACAAUUGUUUAAGUUCAGUUGCUUUUUAAAUGUUCCUGUUGUCAGUUUAGGUUACUAGCAGUAUUACAUACAAAGUCUAUACCCCUGAGAUUGCAGAUUUUUGUUUGGAUAGCUUUAGAUUUUGUUUUUAAUUGUGGUAUUGGAAGUGUUUUACUGUAACCAAAAUUGUACAUUAGUGUAAAAUUGUGUAGAUCACAUAAUGUGUACCUUCCCAUAAUUAUCAUUUAGCUGUAAUUAUAAAUUAUCAGAGUACUUAUGUGCUCUGAGUUAAAGAACACCAAUAUAUCAUAAGGAUACAUAUUUUGUGUCUGAAUGUGAAAUGUAAGUAGAACACCAAUUAAUUCAUAAGGAACAUUUACAGAUAUAUAUAUACAUAUAUAUGGAUAUAAAUUCAUGACAAAUAUACUGAAACUGCUAAUUUCUAUACUUCAUAAUUUGGAUAUACAGGUUAAAGAUUGUAAAGCUGUGUUGAGUCUUCAGGGAAAUAUUUCAGAAUUGUAUAAUGUACCGCACAGUGUAAAUAAAGGCAAUGUUGCUGAAUUACAAGUACCUUAGAA